CUCUCAUUCUCAUCACCGCAAACAAAACCUCACCCACUUCAAACCGCCAACGCACAACUCAUAAACCGGCCGCCGGGCCCCUUUCCCUCCCCUCUUGCCCCUCACAGCGGCGCUGAGCGCGACAUCCAGCCCCAGCACCGCAAACCACACCAGAACCACCACCGCUCACUCACUGCGCCAGUCAAACGGGAAAAAAACAAGACGAGAGAGCAAUGGCGUCGUCCCAGGCCGGCGACGACAGAAGCGGCAGCGGCAGCAGCAGCAACAACAACAGCCCCGAAGCGACAAUCCGGCGCACGGCACACGUCCAAGCGCUGCUGGAGCGCCUCCUGCAAGGCAGCCCCAUCUACGGGCUCAUCCUGCCGACGAUCCGGCUCGAGUCGGCGUCGCACGACGGGCUGGUGGUGACGUCGCUGACGCUGACGCCGACGCACGUCAACAGCAAGGGCGGCUUGCACGGCGCCGUGUCGGCCACCAUCAUCGACUUCACCACGGGCCUGGCCAUCGCGGCGACGGACCUGCGCGAGACGACGGGCGCGAGCGUCGACAUGCACAUCAGCUACCUCAGCACGGCGCGCGUCGGCGACAGGGUGCGCGUCGAGACGCGCGCGGAGAGGGUGGGCGGGAGCUUGGCGUUUGUGACGGUCAGGAUCGUAAAGGUGGAUGACGAUGCCGCCGAAGGUCGUGAGGUUGUCGUUACCAUGGGGCAGCACACGAAAUACGUGAGAGGCACCGCGCCGCCGCAGCUGCCGCCGCCGACGCCCAUGAUGGGGAAUUAGCUUACCUCGCCUGCGUAAUGUUCUGUACGAAGUAUGAAGAGAGGGGGUCCGCGCGAGCGUUUCUCAUGAUAGACGGGGCUAAUAGAUAUAUACAUACAUACACACAAUCAAAGAAAGACAGAAAACACACCCAAGUCUAACCACAUCAUCAAAGACGAUGCCCACGAC